AAAAGACCUUCCAUUUUCACGCAUACAGAAUUCGAAAACUCAAAAUAAGCGAGCUACUGACUGAAAUAAGAGAGUCUUGGCUACAUUCCUCUUCCUUUAGUACCUCCCCUAUAUUUUAAGUAGUUACUCGCUUAUUUCAGUUUUUCGAAUAGACAAAUCAAGUGCAAGUAAUUAAACAACAUGCAGAAAGACAUAAAAGAAGCUGUAAAAGAGGUCAUUUUAUUCCUCGACAUUGAUGGCGUUUUGCAUCCUCUAGGAGGAAAUCAUUUGCCUGUUGGCACUCCUGUGGAAGCAUUACUGCAUCGAGAGGAAUUGGGAAACGGAUUUUUGGUAGAGGAGUUACAGGAGAACUCGAAGGAUAAAAAGUUCGAUUCUUAUACCGCACUUUCUGGUGAGUUUUGCGAAAAGAAUUUGCAGUGUCUGCAGCGGUUGGUAGUCGAGGCAGGGCAAAAGAGCAGAAACAAGGAAGAAGUAGAGGUUCACAUCGUACUGAUUUCAACCUGGCGUGAAAAGCCGUGGUCUCUCGAAUGUGCAAAGCGGGAGCUAGCGAAAUACGGACUGGAGAUUCAAGAUGCUACUCCGAUUUUGGCUGGUGCUGAUGUACGGCAGCGUCCAGCAGAAAUUGCGCUAUGGUUGGAAAAUAAAGCAUAUAGUAAAAGUAGAUCGAGGUCGUUUUCAUAUGUGGUUCUAGACGACGCUGAUUUGGUAUCAUAUAUGCCAGAACAUGUGGAUGUCGCGGUACCGUCUCAGCCUUCGAUAGAAAAGGAAAGAUUUUUGAGAGUGGAUAUGGCUUUUGGUCUCACAGAUGCGGAUGUUGACAAAGCGUUGCGGAUACUGGAAAAGCCUGUUGCUGGUUCUGUAUUUUAGACGUGAGAUGAGUCAAAUUCUUUUUAUGACUUGGGUAUGAAGCUCAUGACACGUCAGUAUACGCGGAGCCCUCGAUUGGG